UGGCUUUGUGACCCAGCACAGCCGAGUUUAUGAAGAUUAUGGUUCAUAAAGCAGGACAGCAGUUACGCCCCUCGGCUCUCGUAUAUGAUAUUUGCUUUGUCUAACCAUGGCGGAAGCGGCAAAUUCAGAAGACAGAGAGGGGGCCUUUCCUGAGAAGGGAAAAGUGGAAUCCGUGUGUAGAAAGUGGUUGGUUCAUGAAGAUGGAGUUCUUGCUCACAAGCUUCAAAAUGAGGAAAUGGACUUUCAUUAUGGCCUCAACCGUUACAACAGGAGAACAGUACGAGAAGACAUACCUAUUGCCAAACUGGUUCAGUCGGAGGAGGAAAUCCGCCAGCAGCAGGAACGCAUGGAACAACUUAUGCUGCUGAAAGCACAAGCUGAAGAAGACGAGAAGAUUGCCAAAUCUGUCAUGAAAGAUUUGGAUACUGAGGAAGCCGUCAGAAGACUUCAGAAAGAAGUAACCGAUGAAGAUUAUGCUAGGAAGAUGCAGGAGAAGGAAAGACGGCGAUUUGAAAGGUGGAAAAGGGAGCAAGAGUUGAAGAAAGAGAGGGAACGAUUGGAACAGGAGCUAGCCAGGCAUUCGGAAGAGGCUAGGCUGGUCCUCAAUAAAGAUUCUCGAGGUGGGGACUCGCUGGUUGAGGGGGGACAUGGGCGUCAGUCCAGUGGUGAUAUGGACAGUGUCAGUCAUGAGAGUAGAGCAUCAUCUGUUGCCAGGGUAACCGCCGGGGGCAGGAUUGAAGAUGAGGGUGACUUUUCUGAUUUUUACAUACCUCCAGCUGACCAUAUGGAGGAAGGGGAGAAAAAACAGUUGCAGGAGCUUCAGGAUGAGGAACUUGCAAGACUUUUACAGGAGCAGGAACAUAAGAGAACAAAGGCAGAGAUAGACAAGGGCAAACUGAAGCAGAUAGAGCAGCAGGAUGCUCAGCUGGCGCGGAUCAUUCAUGAACAAGAUAAGCUGAAGGCCAAGAAAGCAAGACAGAAGAAGCAAAAGUCAAUGGAGGAGGCCAGGAAGCAGAGAGGCCAGCAAGAAGCGUUGCGCUCCCAGAGUGUGGAUGAGCUGGGCUUGGGGGGUGGGGAGGUAGGCUCCCCUAACUCUCACGCCAGCAGUGGCAGUGGUACCCCCAGCUCUCACCGCUCCCCUAGAGAACAUAAUGGGCUAGUGAGGUUUGAGGAGCCCAUGUCCCCAUCCUCUCCUCAGUCUCGGGGAUGGUCCCCAACAGGCCAUGACCAGAGUUCCCCAUUAUACAGAGGGAGGUCCCCCAGGGAAGAGCCUCCUCGCAGAAUGUCACCAGCAGAUCUGCCUCCUGAGGAUGCUUUAGAGGUGGAGAGAUGGCUGGGGCGGAACCAUGCCCACUCUCAGUCAACAGCCAAUCAGAGGAUACCACCACGCUCGCGUGAUCAGCGAGUGACACACUCCCCCUCUCCUCCUGGCAGUUAUCACAGCGAAGACGCUGCCCAGGAAAAUCUAAGACACAACGUACCUCAGCCCAAUGUCACUUCUCAGAGAGAUCAAAGUCCAGUGCCAUUCAACAUCGCAAUGGCAAUUGAUCCCACCUACCGACCCCAGCCACAGGAUCCUAGGCCCAUUGCCAGGAUGUCAGAGCCCCGCCCACCUUUGAUACAGUCACAGUCAUAUCCAGUUACAUCUGGACCUGUGGACCAUGAAGAAGAACUUGAAGAAGAUUACGAUGAGGAUGACCCUGGGUGGGCCCCAGUUCAAGGUCAAAGGAGGUCAAAUAUGGAAAAGAUGAAGAAAGUCUCAAAGAAACCUGCUGGAAAGAGAAGUAGCUGCAAACAGCAGUAAAUUUCACCUGCCUCUCCACAGCAGUAGACUCAACGAUAUUAUUUCUUAUUUGAUAUUAUGUAAAUUAUCCUGUUUAUUAUUCCUGUAAAUUACCUGUUACCAUGGUAAUGGUUAGACAACUGACAAGUGAUACAUUCUGGCUUGGUCUCUGCUAGAAUUCAGUCUAAUUGCCACUUGAGAUGAUAUUUCAAAGUUUCUUGUCUACAGGUACAGUAAUUAUCCUGUGUAUUGAGUCUGGUCAUAUUUACUAUUUACUUGUAUCCACUCCAAAUACAUGACGUACACAAUCACGAAGGCCAAAACUCAAGAUCGCCAAAGAUUUUAACUAUACAUGGUCUGGCUUCAUGGACUGGUAAUUAUCCACAGCUUCCAUUAGUAGAAUUUGGUGGUACAUCUAGUUACUUACUGUUUAAAAUGAUAGUUGUAACAACAGUGUUUAAUGAACCUUUUGAAAUUACAUGUACACAGUAUACUGUACACACGUCUGUGAGUUAUUUAGUGAAAACAAAAAUGAUACACUUUUUGUGUAUUGUAUCGUCAGGUUUACUUGUAACAACAAAUACUGUGCAAAGUAAUGAUUAGAAGCAGAGUGGAGAUUUUAAAUAUUCCAAAUAUACAUAAACAUGUUGUACUUAAAAUGCCUGCACUUGCAUAUUUCAGAACUAGUGUGCAGAGAUAUGAUUUAUAUGUACAUACAUGUAACUAAGUUUCAGUAAUAUUGUCCGGGCACAUGUUGUUAUAGGUAUUAGUGUGAACUGGUAUUAAAUUGAAAGCAAAAUGAAUUCAUGUAAAUAUCAUUUAGUGUGUCAUACAUUAUUUUAUGCACUUGUUUAUAUUUCAGAUACACUACAUAACUUUGUCCUUAAUAUAGCCCACACUUGUGUCACAUCAAGUGUCACAAAGAGAGCAUAUUCUUCUGAUAUCAUACUAAAUGCCUGUGUGGAAUGCUCCAGUCGGCUUGUGUGCUGGUACAUUUAAUACAUUAGUGACAUUUGCUGGCAUUGACUCUGGCUUCAUGAACUUCAAUUCUGAGAAUUCUUAUCUUAAAGGGGUGUUUCGAAGAUUGUUUGGAGGAUAUGGUGAUAUCCCAGUGGUAAAAUGUACAUUUUUAAGGUUAAAAUUGAGAUCACUUAUAUCAAGACAUUGGUAACAAUCCUUUGGGCACAUGGGGUCAUUGUCUGGGUACUAGUGAGUUGAAGUUAGUUACACUUACCUGGAAAUUUUGAUGUCAUUGCGCACUCACAGAACUCAUUAUUAGGCAGUGUGCAGUGUCACUGGAAUGCUUACUCACAGUUAAUGACUGGAUUUUGGCUGAAUUUUUUACAAAAUACAUAUAGCUGUUAGUAAUUGUUCUGCUUGACCCUUUGUGCUUAACUGUGCUGUUAUUAUUAGCUGCUGCAGUGAAAAAUUGUUGGGUAUUUAAAUCCUGGGAGAGGGUAAUGGCUUCCUUCGCCAGAUUUGGACAUAGCCAUAAUUAACAUUUUUACCAUAUAUGGAUACUGUUUCUCCACACCAAACCCUCAGAUAACAUCUGCCUUUAGGCAGGAAAUAUGCUUGUGCUAGUCAAAGAAACUAUGAAUUGCACGUAAAGUGUUACAUGUAUUUCCUUAUUAGUUGAUAGAUAUUUUUUCAUGAUGCCAUGCGUUUGUUGGGGUUAUAACUUGACCAGUCUGAUAUGUUUUGAGAGAGCUCAUUUGUUGAUGGUGGACCAAGUUGCUGUUUAGACACUCUAUCUACCUCACAAAUUAUCUACAUGUUCGUAGUUUCAUGAGGGAAGAACGAGGCAAAAUACAAACAGGUUGCUUCAACAGCUGCAACUAACAGAUAUUUGCUGUUGGCUUAGAAUCUGUGUUUGAUGCCAAAAAGUUCACAAUUUCAGGUGCUAGAAGUUAUAGGUCCAAGUGACACCCCUGACAACUAUUGACGUAUUUUUGUACAUGUUACAUGCAUGUCAUAUCAAGCAGAUCAUUUGGUUUUAUUCAUGCAGAUAAAACAUGAGUGCCUGUGUGAUUUAGGUCUGGGAUGAUGUUGUUAUUGUUUCAGCCACAUGUUCCUGUGUCAGCCAGAUACGUCUAUUUCAGCAUUGGAGGUGGUAUCAGAUGAAUCUCUGGUCAUAAUAUUUUUCACCAGUUUUUCAGUGUUUUUCUUUUUUUUUUCACAAAAAAACAUGUCAACAGACACAACAACACAAACCUAAUUCAUAUUUAUUAAAUCCUUUCAAGAUAAUUUGAGGGUGGAAAAUGUGAUUUUAAGACCUUCAUACACAUGCCAUGGAACCACUAGACAUCUAAGCCCUUGUACAUUAGUUUGGUAUGUACAAGGUUAUGACU